AUGCCCCCCCAAACCCUCACCUCCCUCACCUCCCUCACCCUCAUCAGCGUCCCUUACCACGUCGGUCUCCGCGCCAGCCCCAUGCACCGCAGCCACGUCAGCGAAGGACCCGACUACCUCAAAUCGGCCGGCCUGCUCUCCCUCCUCCUCGGUUAUGGCCAACAGCACAACCUCCCGCUCCCGCUCCCAGUCCACGAAUUCGAAAUCCCCCCCGUCGAAGACACCUUUGAGGGCGAAAUCGGACGCACCUUCGAGCUGAUCCGCCGCGUGUCCCUCGCCGUGACCGCCGCGCGCGACGCUGCCUCCUUCCCUGUCGUUCUGGCUGGCAAUUGUUGUAUUAGUGUAGGCGUGGCGGCUGGGCUGUGCGGGUCGCGCGAGCUGUUGAGGGCAGGAGGUUGUGGGAAUGGCGGGGAUGAUGGUGGUGGUGGGUUGGGGUGGGAUUGCUAUGAUGGCGGGGGAGUGUUGGAAGGGGUUGAUGGCGACAGUGCCCGGGUUUCGGCCGUGGUUGUUGAGGAGGGAGGUGCAUUGUGGGAUGAAGGGACGUGA